UUUAGCUUCGACUUUUUCACGCCAUUUCGAAGAUAUUAUCCACCUAUCCGCAAAAUGAACACCUUACUCUACAUGUUCUACACGACUGUGGCUAUUGUGGUCGCCUUGCCUCAACAGGACGUGUCCAAGUUGCAUACUUUGGCACGUGACCUUGAAGUACGCGGUGAGGCGAAAGCAGCACCAGUCCGUGGCAGAGGCCUCUUGCAGACAACUCGCGGGGAGCGAAACCACUCGCAGCCCUUCAGCGAGGCAACUCUUCUCAUGGAAGAAGUGGUGAGCAUGGCCACUGGCACUGCAAGCAUUCCCGUUUGGCUGAUGGUAUUUGGCCUGGGGUUUGCCGCCGCCUCUUUCGCGCUCUACACCUGGCUUUCUUCGAACACCAAGGGCACUGCCGAGCAGCUUGUGGUUGACAGGAAGAGCGAGGAGGCACCGAUGCCCGAGGUGUUCGGCGAAGCUCUUCAGCAGGGAGAAGCGGCCAUGCAAGAUUUCGAGUCUUUGGCAAAGACGCUGGCGCAAUCUGUGGCGCAAAGGAUUGGCCCAAAGCUCGCGAAGGGGCAGGCAGUGCGGGGCAUUCUGGAGUCGCGCUUGUACCAGUUCCCAGACAAGGCAAAAACUUUUGUCUUGAAUGAGCUCAACAGCACAGCCGGAGCCGUCAUGCGGGCCAUUGAAGCUGAAGAAGCCAUGAUCUUGUUGGAUCUGGACAAGGCCCUCUCCUCGAACUUCCCACCAAUAUCAAUGCUCCUGGCUGGCUUGAUAUCACCAACACUGCUCAACAUCUCCAUGUCGGCACUGCGCAUGCAAAACACACUGGUCGUUUUGCCGGUCCUGCUGUUGUGUGGCUGGGCGAUGUGGCAAGAUUAUGGUGCUGCAUGCUCAAUCCCGACGAUGACCAUGUGGGUGAAGGCUCAAGUGAUGAUGGCACUUGUACUUGGAGUUUCCAAUGGCAUGGUAGCCUGGAAGAUCUCCCAGGGAAAGACAGCAUUAGAUGUCAAGACUGAGCGACUGCAACGGCGUAUUAAGGAAGCUCAAGCAUCCGGUAAUCCGGGUGUCGGACAACUUCGUGAACUCUUCGUCUGCAACUCGGUUCUAAUCCAGGAGGCCCUUUUGCUGGAAGAUGAAGUGAAGGCAUCCAUUUGGUUCAAUGCCUCUGGAGUUGCCUCUGUGCUCUGGUUGGGAAUGACCCUGUGGACAUGGGUGCUGGUGUUUGGCUGGACCUUCGUGCCAGGCAUUACAGCUUUUGACCAGGCUGCCCAGCACAAUGCCAAUUACUGUGGGGCUUGGGCAACUGUCUUAGCUGCACGCAUCACAGCCAUCCUGGCUGUUCUCUUUUUGGUCGUCAACAUCCUGACGGUAUGCAAUUGGCUUGCUACAGUCUUCAUUACCUCUGAUGCCUUUGCCCAGUCCAUGCUGAAGAAGGCCUGCGAAAUAGACCGACAAGCGCUGGGGUUCCCAGUAGCGCAGCUGCUGGUCAAGGCAAUGCUGCUCCGAGGUCGCAGCGAGACCUUGGGAGCCAAGCUUUCGCUCGCAGAAUCGGCCAAGGCAGAUUUGGAGAAGGAGAAACUGGACCUGCAGAGUCAGCUCAAUUCCCUUGAAACCCAGAUUUCUGCGCGAGUCGCAGAAGUCGAGGCAAUUCGGGCACGGGUCGCCGAGGCUGCGGCCAAAGGUGCGUCUGACCCUAUGGGCUUUGAAGCCGGCGCCCGUGCCUUGGAGACGGCAGAUGUGGAGGAGCUUGCGGCCAGCUGGAAGGAGCAUGGCCAGAAAGCCGUAGAGGAUGCGCAGGCCCGGGCGGCUGCCGUAAAGCAGCAGACGACAGAGGAGCUUGAUCGCCUCGUGCAGAGAUUCAUGGAGCUGGUGCAGCAGGUGCAGGAUUCGGAGGCUUAUCAGUCCACGGCACUGAACCUCCAAUCAGCAGCAGAACAGGGCAUGGCAUCAGCCUCCCAGGCAAUGGCUCAGGCAACGGCAGCUGCCGAAGGAUUGCAAGAACGAGCAGCAUCUACAAAUGUCCGGUCCCUCGUAGAACAGGGCGCGGCAUCAGCAUCCGAGGCCGCUGCCCAGGCAAUGCGACGAGAUUCUUAG